AUGAAUAACGUUGAUACAAACGAUAAACAAAUAAACAUUCAUACUAGAAUUCGGAAUAAAUUACUUUUUCAAUUACACCAAGCGUACCAGAAAAAUUUGCAUUAUGACUCUCUGUAUAAUGCAUCGAAAGAUAACGAAGAUUUAUGUUCACCUGAUAUCGAGGAUCUUGUACUGGAAAUGAACGAAAAGAAAUUAAGCAAUUUUGAGAAAAACAAUGAUAUGAUUUGUUAUCGAUGCAAGCACCUUAUAAAUGUACCAUCAAACCUUUUUGAAGUUUCGGAAAAGUUAGCAAAUUACGCAGAAGAGUAUGAAGCUGAUUUAAAUUUUGUGCAAGCUAUAGUAUGGUUAAAAUCAGCUAUAAGAUCUAUGAAAGAUGUUUCCAUUGAGCACAAAUCUACUGUUAUGGAUAAUACUUUUGCUUUCUUGCAGUAUGAAAUGGGAAUCAAAUCAUUUGUAGGAGAGGAUUCUGAGCACCAAAUAAUAACUGCUGGAACAGAUGAUCAAGAAAACAGUGGAGCUUCUGACAGUGAUUCAGAGUACCACAACAACAUCGAUUUAUUAUCCAAUGUAAAAUCAACAGAAAUACUUGAUUUGUCACAAUCUGGCCAUCGACAACAAUCAAAAUCAGAUGACAGAGUUUCCAUUGGAAACAGUUCUUCAACCUUUUACUCUCCCUCAAAUUCUGAAAAAUCCUUGAAUACUCAAAACUUUACACGGAACGAACCAAUUUUGAAAUGUCGCAUAAUUGCAGAUUCGGAUGAAACACAUUCAUCGAUUUCAGACAUGUUUAGUGAUUCUGUAGAUAAUAAAGUUAAUAAUAACUCAACGUGGAAUAAAGAUCAAAAGUUGCACAAAAUUAAUCUUAUUGUUGAUAACUCAAUAGAAGAACUUUCAUUGCUGUCGCAGAACAAUAUAAAUUUGCAAAAGGAGUUCCUAGAACCGGAACAUAACCUUGUUGUCGCUUCCAAUGAAAAUAAUUCUUCUUUGACAUCUGAUUCCACCAUAUUUGAUGGAGAAUGUUCUUUUCAAAGACAAGAUUCCGAUUGCUUAUGUGGUAAUGAUCACGAAUGUGUUUUCGAGUCAUGUAAACAAAUAAAUAUACAACAGUCACAAGUGUCUGAUUCAAAUUUACAUAAUAAAAAUUAUUCUCUUUCUUUGAAUCAGAUUGAUAAUGAUAUUAUUAAUUCCCUCCAAAAAGACAGUGCUUAUGACACGUGUCAGCUGCACGCGGAAUGUACUCCCUUAAAUGAUAUUCUUCAAAACGAAGAUAGUAAUAUUUUAUUUAAUCAGGAGAUCGCCGUUAUUACUCCUUAUCGAAAAGACAAUAGCGUGCACAAUACGGAUGAUUUGGAAAAUAUUACUACAAACGUGAUUGAUAGAGACUGGAUUUCUGGCGAAUAUAACUUAUCUGGUCAUUAUAGAAAUGAUGAAAAUAUAAAUCAGAUUAAAUCCCAUUGCGCUGGAAAUCAAGAUAUGCUAUCGUGCUCAGAGAAUGAAUAUUCACAAAAGGAAAUAGAUAUAAGCGAAGACAAAGAACAUGAAUCAGGUAACAAUAAGAAAAAAAGAUUGCAAGUUACGCAUGAAAUGGAAGGAGAAAUACCAGAGACGAAAAAGAGAUUUCUUGAGAGAGAUUUAAAAGAAAAAGAAGAAAAAAAGAUUUCUUCCGAGUGGUUGAGAUUUACGUUGAAUGCUUUACAUGCCGAUGAUGUAGCUUUUCAAUCGGUGACGGUGAUUCUUUCAGUUUUGCAAAAUGAAAAAAUAGCUAAGCAGUAUAUGAAAAAGAAAUGUUGGAAGAACACUUUGGAGGAACAGGCAGUAGAUGCAGUAUUAAGUUUCUGUGAAGUUUUUGAAGCUGAAAAUAAGACAACUGCGUGCACACAAGAAAUAAUACAGGCGGUAACAAACACGCUAAAUAAAAGUAUAGAAAAUACUGAAUUGAAUCAGGUUACAAUACUCACCUAUCACGUAUCCAUUAUCUUAGAGUUAUGCAAUUCUGCAAAAAUUUGCACUGAAACAAUUAAUUAUUUAAUCGACAAACUAAAAUCUUACGAAAGUAUUUUAAUUGGUCUGACGAAAAGCAACAAAGCUGAUGUGUAUGAUACAAUUAACCAAUUACAUAUUCUAUUGUAUGCUUUGAAUAUUUGUUUACAAAAAUAUUGGCUGAUAUUUCUGAAUGAAGAGCACAGUCAGUUUGUGGAGGAAACGGUACUCUCUAUUACUGAUUUAUGGAAAAAACAAUUAACAUGCGAAGAUGUAAUAAUAGAGGAUAAGGCAGAAAUUAGAGAACGGAGAUGGUUAAUAGUUUUAAAUGAUUUCAUGGUGAUUUCCGUGGAAAAUUGUAGUCUAUUUGUGGACAAGUUGCAGAUGUUAAUCAAUUUAAUUACACGUAGAUAA